AUGAGCAGCAAGCUAAGUUAAUAAUAAACAUCUCAAAAACCUAUUAGACAUCCUCCUCUACCAAGAGUAAAACCAACAGAACAAUAAGAUGAACAACCACAACAAGUCAAUGUCUUUGACCCAUAAAAAUAUGUUAAGCCUGGACUCAGUAAGGAGGAUGUCAUCAAAAUAAAAGAGUGUUUUGAUAUUUUUGAUGAUGAUAAGAGUGGUGCUAUCUCGUAACAAUUUUGACAUAUUAUCUCUCUAUAGACCGAAUGAAUUGAAAAAUGCCAUUGUGGCUUUAGGUAUGGAACAGAGCAUUGAGGAUAUCGUCAAUAUGAUUCAAGAUCUCGAUCAGGAUGGAUCAAGACAAGUUGAUUUUGAAGAGUUUUUGUAGAUAUUCGGAUUUUAAGGGUAUUUGUGAUUUAAUCUGAAGUUCGAUUGAGGAUGAAGAAGUAUUGACAGAUUUGUACAAAUAAUUUGAUUCAUCAAAAGAAGGGAAAAUUACUUAUGAAGAUUUCAAAAGAAUAAAUGAAUUGGUUUCUGAAAGGUACACUGAUUAGGAAUUAAGAGAAAUGGUUUAGUUUGCAGAUUUAAACAACGAUGGUGCAUUGAGUUGGGAUGAAUUCAAAAUUGUUAUUCAGAAAGAGAAUUCGAAUAAUAAAAAAUGA